CCUGAUAUCACUCAUUUUGUUUCAGCUCCACAGCCAGUGAUCUUAUAUCCAGGAGAGGCGUUUUCUCUAGAAGAUAUUAUGGAUCUGUCGAACAGUUGCAGCAACCUGAAGUCGACGGUCAAGAAAAUUGUAGAAGAUUUAGGAUUGAAAAUGGUGAUUCUCCAGGUGAAAAAGAUGAGAUGUUUGGAUCGCCGAGCACACCUGUACUCGAAAAUCCCGAAUACCAGACAAGGUGGUACUUUAAAUUUUUCCUUGGAAAAUUACACCAAAACUACGUUGGACUCGAGAAUGACAAAUCACCAUUUUUUCUAAGUGUAGUUUUAAACGAAGAUACCAAUACAUGUGUGCCUCUCUGUAGAUCCAUUUUAUUCAGGAAAACUGGCGCUCAGAAAAUAUCUUUACCCAUAUCUCAUAACAAAGUUAUGACAGUUAAGCAAAUACUGGCGAAUUUUCCGAAUAUGGAUAAAGUUGAAAAGGGGCCCAAAGAGAUAUUCUCGCCUGAUAUACAAAAAGACUUAUUACUAUUAGAGGAGCAGGAAGGAUCUGUCAACUUCAAGUUCGGUGUUAUUUAUAUGAAACAGGGUCAAACCACUGAUGAUGAAAUCCUUAGUAAUGAAUAUGGUAGCUAUAGAUUCGAGCAAUUUCUUUCCUUAUUAGGCGAUAAAGUCAAAUUGAGAGGAUGGGAUAAAUACAGAGGAGGACUUGAUACCAAAGGAGACAUGACGGGCAAAUUUUCGGUGUACACAAUCUACGAGGGUCACGAGAUCAUGUUCCAUGUGUCGACGCUGUUGCCGUAUUCGCGCGACAACCGGCAACAGGUCGAGCGAAAACGACAUAUUGGUAAUGACAUUGUCAACAUCGUGUUUGUCGAGGCAAGAGACAAUUCGGAAGCAGAUUUUGAUCCGGAGGCUGCACACUCGCACUUCAAUCCUACCUGCAUCAAGUCACAGUUUACACAUAUCUUCGCGGUCGUCACCAUGGAUUCGGACAACCGCUAUCGCCUGUCGGUGUUCUCAGACGAGGCAGUGCCCCUAUUCGGGCCGAGCCUGCCCUGUCCGCCCGUCUUUACCGACCUUCGGUCCUUCAGGGAGUUCCUGCUGGUCAAGCUAAUCAAUGGCGAGAAGGCGACCUUCGAGACACCAACGUUCGCAGGGAAGCGGCAGAGAACGCUUGACAUGCUGAUCAAGGAUCUUUAUUCGGAGCACAUGAUCGACAGUCGAAUGACCAUGCUGAACCGUCGCGCCUUCUCCGACGUCCUGGUGGAGACCCCACGCCACUCGCGCCUCAAAGAGGACUCGCGCCAGAUCGAGUUCGUCCGCGUCGGGCAGGCGCUGAAGCUGGAGGCGAUCGUGCGGGGCGACGCGCCGACCAGCCUCGCUUCGGCCAGCUGCAGCGCCGGCGCCGUCUUCAGGCGGUCGCCUUGGGAGGCCAGCUGCUUCUACCCAGCGUUCCCCACGCAGAGCGUGCUGUGCGCAGACUCGUGGGGCGACGGCCGACUGGCCAUCGGGACCGACGAGGGGGUCUAUCUCGUGGAAGAUGGGAGUUCUCACCGACUAAUAUUCGAUAAGACGCUGUCGGUUCGUCAACUGAGCGUGGUCGAACCCCACGGAAUUUUCCUGAUGCGAGCAGGUCAAAGCAACAAGGAGGGGAAAAUCUACGUGUUCAGGUUGUCUCAGAUAGAGUGCAUUCAAGAUCCUUUGUCGCGGCUCGAAACUAAGGAGCACAGGCUCGAAAGGACUAGAGGAACCAAUUUGUAUGCUAUCUCUAGGGCAGGAGGAGCUCGACUACGAAUGUGCGUAGCAAUAGGUAAAAAAUUGCUGAUGUUCCAGUGGAAACAUUCAGCAGCUUGGACAGCUUGGUGUCCAUCCAGUGAUACAGAUACAGUAGAGGGAUUCACGUUUUUAUGGGAGCUGAUCCUCAACGAGACCCCCUCCAUGGUAACGAUCCUUGACAGUGGCUGGAGCCCCAGCUCGCCCACGCACGGGGAUACUCUGGUGUGCGUGGGCUACAAGAGCCACUGGGACGUGGUGAACGGCAGGACGGGGCAGGCGCAUCACCUGCACGCCGUAGAGGGCGCCAGGGUGCGGCUCGUCGCCGCCCUUGAUCUCUACGAGGACCAGGAGGUGCAGCUGUUGCUGUGCUAUAACCAUACCUGUCACUUUCAAAAAAUCAAUGGGUCCACAUCGUCCUCUAACAACUUUGAUUUCCAUUGGAAUUCUGUGCCGACUGAUAUCGUAUGCGCAUUUCCAUACGUCAUAGCUUUCACGCAAAAUUCGAUGGAAAUCAGACUGAUCGUGAACGGCAAUCUGAUCCACACGAUGACUAUGCCGAAGCUGCAGCUGAUAGCUUCUAAAAACGACAUAUUUUUCGCCACGACUGCACCGGAAUUCUUCCCGAACAAAACCGACAGACUCUUUGUAGACGUCAGGCAACAGGAUUUGCAGAAAUAUUCGCCUCCAUCCAGUCCAAACGUUUCUCCUGAGGUGCGGCCACUCCGCAUCUACAGGAUCCCCAUCCACACGCUGAGCAGGCCCAUGAACACAGAUCCGUGCGUCAGCAGCUGCCAACCGCCCACCUGGAAGCUGAUCGAGACGAAGCUAGUGGUGCCUGAGCAGAGCGCGAGGAUAUCCAGAAGCGCCACCAGCUCCCCUACGCCUGCUAAGGGGAAGAUUAUGCCGGCCCCUGUCAAAUAA